AACUGCCCUAAAUAGUGUAAACAUGACAUUGCGAAAUUUAAGCCGGUCCUCUCGUAUCAUUGAAUAAUAUCUACCAUGUGUUAAAUUCAAUAUUGUGUAUUUAAACUUUUAGUGUAUCGGGUUUCAACUAUCUUCAACUCAAAACGCUGAUUGUAGAUAUAUCAGAACACCGGAGCAGACGAAGAAUAGGUUUUUGUGUCAUUUGGGUCGGGUAAAAUUUGGCAGUGUCUUAAUAUGAAAUUUGUGUUAAAGGGAGCUAUUUUUGGAACAUAUAAAUGACUGGACUGCCGUGAGUGCGUGAAGAAAAUAUUCAGUGCGCAUGUGCGAGUGGAUUUUAAAUCACGUGGCUAAAUUGGACAACAUUCGCUUAGAAACGUGGGUAUUUUGAUUUAUAACUAGCUAUUCAUGUUGAAGUUUUAUUUAAAUGUGUCUGUUCGUUGUGGAUAAUGAAGAAAAGAAUUUUGAAUUGAUGAAUGUCCGCUUACGUAAAGAUAAUAUCCGAACUGAUACACAAUCGAAAAUGGCUGAUACUUACAUAAACGGGAACAAAGUCAGUGAUAUAAACAACCCACAAUUUGUGACGUCAGAGAAAGACAAAAGUGUGAGGUCACUUCCGAAUGGGACGAAACUUGAUAAAUCUCCGUCAAUUGCAUCCGAUGAUAGCUGUGUUAAAUUAACGGACAAGGAAUCUGGACAACAGUCAUGUUGCAAUGAUAAAAGUACGGCUUGCAUUGCCGUAAAGCUGGUAAUUUGCUUCGUGUGUGGAAUUCUGUUCGGAAUUAUGUUCGUUAAAGGAAGAGUGUUUGAGCCGAAGUCUAUCCGAAGUCAGAUGGUCUUUGAGACGUUUAUUAUGCUCAAGAUGUUUCUUGCCGCCGUGUGUACUGGUCAAAUAAUUUUCAGUGUCAUAUCUGUGUUACCUGCUACUAAGAAGCUUUUCGAGGAAGCUGUCUUGGAGUAUAUUGCCUGCUUCACGCACAAAGGAAUCGUUACUAGCGCGAUUGGCGCAUUCGUAUUGGGCUGUGGCAUGACGCUAUCCGGUGCUUGUCCUGGCAUGAUUCUUGCUCAAAUUGGAUCCUGGGUGCCGAAUUCUAUAUUCACUGCGAUUGGUUGCCUGGUCGGCGCAUUGACCUAUGGAAUGGCUGCACCGUUAAUCCAGAAAUACACACAACCCAAAAAGCCAUUAAAAUCAAAGACAGUAAACCAAACGUUAAAAUUGCCGUUCAUAGCCGUGGCAUUACCGAUGGCGGUAAUGUUGUUAGUUGCAAUCAUAUUGUUGGAAGUGUAUUGGGACUACAGCAAAGAUCUGGAAUAUAUUGGACGGAAACUGCCACCCUACUCCAAUAUUGUAACAGCAGUUGCAUGGAUGCCCUCAGUCACAGGUGCAAUUAUUGGCCUUAUCCAGUUACCAUUGGUGUUCACCGUACACGACACAAUGGGCGGUUCCAGUGCUUACGUCACGAUCGUGUCACAGUGGGUGGUCACCAAACGUCUCCAGGAAAUGUUUCCAUAUUUAGCAGCGAAAAGAUGCGGCCUUGGAAACUGGUGGCAGGUGAUUUACGUCAGUGGGGCUGUUCUAGGAGCUGCUCUGGCGUCGGUGGCGUCUGACACAAUGGCGACAUCACAUGGCGUCAAUCUACCAACCUCCAUUAUUGGAGGAAUAUUGAUGUUAUGGGGGGCACGAUUUGCUUCUGGAUGUACCAGUGGCCACGGUUUAUCAGGGAUGGGACUUUUGGCCUGGCUUUCAUUCGUAGCAGUACCCUGUAUGUUUGCUGGAGGAAUAGUAACAGCCUUCUCUAUGAAAGCAACAGGUGAUAUAGAUGAUUACGUCACAACCACGGGUGGCUCUUAAAUAUGACGUCAUCGAUAAUUUGAAGGAAAGCUCGUGUUAAUAUGGAGUCAUAUGUGAAUGCAAUGAACAUUUGGGUCCCUACCGGUGCAGUUAAAAAAUGAAUAAAAGCCUAAUGUUACAUUUACACAUAUCAAUGAUGUUUGACGUCAUAAUGUGAAACAUUUGUGUAUAUGUGAGCAUCAGUGUGACGGUGGUUAUUGGCUAUUGAGGAAUUGACACAAUAUCUAAAACACAAUGUUUUAUCAUUGAGAAAAAAUAUUAUGGUGAGCAAGUCACAUUAUUUUGUUGCAAUUUCCAAUGGAGGAUUGUAAUUAUAACCAGUUUAUACCGGUUGAUAUUAUGUUAAUAUAUAUAUGUUUUUGUUUUAUUAUUUUGUACACUUAUAAAUAAAGGUUUUUGUUA